AUGGUGGGGAGUAGAGAAAUGGGGAGGGAACAGAUUGAGAGCUUGGAUGAUUACAUCCGCUUCUGCGAUGAGCUACUACGAUGGGUUCCCAAGGUAUCAACAAAAGGCGACGAACUACUCAGGAAAAUUCUUGUAUUCUACUGGGUCCUGAAUCAACCUACCAUCAGACGCUUCCAGACUCCAAUCAUUCCAAAGAAUGCAAACGUCGAUCUAUCAUGGCUAUCCCGUUGGAUGGUACGGUUCGCUCGCGAACAGGGACAAUUCUUGGACACGCCACAGUCAGCUACUGCAAUUGAUACAUUCUACCGCAACGAAUCCUACAAAGAAAGUGCACACCUAUGGCGGAGCCCGAUAGGAGGCUGGAAGUCAUUCAAUCAUUGGUUUGCACGAUGUUGGAAGGACAUUGAUACAGCUCGCCCUCUUGCUGCACCGGGAGAUCCUGAUAUCAUCGUUAGCACUGCAGAUGCGGUGUUCCAAGGAAUAUGGCCGAUUAUCGAUGGAAACGUCUCUUUCAAGUUGAAAGGCGUUAAAUUGGACUGGCCUAUCAGUACUUUGCUACAAACGACGGAUUUUUCUUGGUCACAUGGCCAUUUUAUUCAUUCUUUUCUUGCACCGUCAUUUUACCACCGUCAACACGCCCCUGUGAGCGGCACUGUGAUAGAGGCCAAGAUAAUUCAAAACCAAGUUUUCUUUCAGGUGGAGAAACGUGAAAUUGGAAAUAUUCGGCGCCAGGCCUUGAAGCCCACCUUGAAGCCCCAAACGAGCCAGGAUACCAGUGGUGUCAAACAAGAGGGAUUAUUAUCAUCCAGACCAAAAACCACGGGAAAGUCGCAGUACUACCUGUAG